AUGCUUCACCUUUCGGGUGAAACUGCGCUUUUACAUCUCUCUCUCUAUCUCUCUCUCUCUCCCUCUCUCUCUCUCUUUGCAGCCAAAUUCUGUACGUGAGUUCGCCCGGGCAAUCCGUGCGCAAUCGCAAACUCUUGGAGAAAGUUCCCAGGUGCCCAGCGGCCACGGGAAACGGUGCACGAUGGACAUCGUGAUCAAGAUCUUCUACAAAAGCGAUGACCACUCGGUGACUGUCAAGUUAAUCAGAGGAGGGGCAAGCCUGGUGUUGCCAUUCAUGCUAUGCCUGCUGAUAACGGCAGUGGUGUAUGGAGGAUUCUUCUGGGUCCUCUCGUUCAUGGGUUUCCAAGAGACUGGGGUCGCCGCGAACAGCUUCGCUGCCUGGUGGCAGUCCACGUAUCCGAAUUGACACGUGCCACCAGGUAGCUUGUUCGCGAGGCUCCAGUCGCUUGGUACCGUGGGCCCUAACCGAAGAGACUUCCUCCUGACCCUCUUAGCCGUGUCGGCAGUGGUGUCAGCCAUGGGUUGACACCUUGGGAUGGCUGCUCGGGUGCUGCCAAACUUCCAAGCACGGCUACUGCCGCGACACAACAACUGGCAGCCAGCAGCCACGAGCAGCCACGCAAGCAGGGCAUCACCAUGGCCCCUCCCUGCGGAGCCUCUGCGUCACACCAGACCCACCGGCCCCCACCCCUGAAGAUGGACGUUACCAUCAAGUAUGUCAACGGCGAUGACAACAGUACCACCAUCAAAAUUCUCAGGGGUGGAGGGAGCCUGGUGGGGUCAAUAUUACUGUCUUUGGUGCUGUCGGGGCUCCUCGGCUUUGUGUUCAUGCGGUGCAUUCGGGCCAUCGGUUUCGAUCAACAAGGCAUCCGGAAUGGCAGCUGGGCAGCAUGGUGGCAGAGCGGCGCCGGCCCCAUCAUGCCAGGCAGCACCUUCGCGGUGCUGCAAAGCCUGGGCAUGACGGGCCUUAACAUCGGCCACUUGCUCUCCGGGGCAAUGCUUCUGCUCACCUUUAUGCCGUCCAUAGGCUGAGUUCCGGAAGUGGCUGCUUCACGUGCCACCAACCAUCGCGGCACGGCUGCUGCUGGCAUAGGCGAGAACCAGCAGGCAGAAGCGGCCACGCAAGAAGAACACGACGAUGGCCCGUACCCACCGGCCCCCUCCCCUGAAGAUGGACAUUACAAUCAAGUUUGUCAACGGAGAUGACAACAGUAUCGUCAUCAAAAUUCUCAGGGUAGGGGCCAGCCUGGUGUAGCCCUCAUUUUUAGCCCUCGUUCUGACUCAACCAAAAUAGCCUGAGGAGGUACAGAAGACACAAGAAACGGAGUUGGGACAAAUUUCAUUAAGUGUAGAGCAGGUGGAAAAGCCGCAACCGUUGGAACAGCUUGAACUUCUGGCGUGAACAGCUUGGCAUUCUGGCGUGAAAUUAAAUAUAAAGACGUUGCUCUUUAUUUCCUGCUCCAGUAAUCGACCUUUUAGGGCGAAAUUAACGAAAAUAGAAUUUCGAAAGAAUGCUUUCUCUGGACUGAUCUGAUUCACAUUAGGGUCACUCUAAAGAAGGAAGGACGCUUCUUCUUAAGAAUCGAGCCGCUCUGUUGAUUCAACGCGGAUUGCAACGGUAAAACGGUAACACAGCGCAAGUCUGUCCCAUUUUUCUUCGUCGAUUUACUGUCACGAAACACAUUUUCUGAGUUGUUAGAAGCUGCCCCGCACGCUUAUGUCACGUACAGGAUAACACUUGGCAAGUAUUAAGGCUGGGAAACACUUGGACGAGCAGAACGGUGAAAAAUAACAAAAUAGCUAUUUUCCUUCCCUAACCCAAGGGCCUAACGGAGUCUCAGCACGUUUAAAAACAACAUCCAGCUAACAGUUCGAAACAGAAUCAAAAUUGCCUGAGAUCUGAAAAAGAAAUACGGGAGAGCGAAGCGUCUGCCAAACCGUUCAUAUGUACUCGCGCAUGCGCAUUUGAGACCCCCCCUCCCCCCCCCCCACCUCCGGACCUCAUCAAGGGCACAGUAGUGUUCUGUCUCUCUCUCCCAUCAUACCUUUCCCUAUUUCUGCACGACGUCAUUAAAAUUCACGCAGUGUCACGACGCCACGUUAAUGUGAAUGAUGCCAGGUCAGAUGCUUCGAGAUCAACUUUAAUAUAACAAUUUAAUGUGUUGCGCCGCCAAGCUUUGUGAGUGGUGGCGCUGGCUAGCACUAUCAUGGUUAGGUCUAGUAGUGAAACGUAACUAUCCGAGAAAGUGGGCGGGAAAACGGCGCCUCGGGAGCUCAAUCGGUAAGAGCAUCGCACAUGUAAUGCAAAGACGUGGAAUCGUUCCGCACCUGCGGCACGUCGUUUUUUCAUGCAGUUUCAUCUCCAGUUAUUUAUCAUUUUGUUUAAUUCUGGUCGUAAGUACAAAAAAUUUACCGUAUGCUGCAUGGCGUCUUUGUUAGCUUCUUAUGAUAUGAUU